CAAUUCUAAAUCAGCUGAUGGUGAAUUUGACUUAUUUAUUUUUAAAAACUUCAAACAUUGCGAAAUGAGUCUUUCAACAAGUUCUCGAAAAUUAUAAAGUGAUUCAUUUGUGAUUCUAGACAUUAUUGACACAAAUAAACUGCAACGAUAUGGCAUCGAAGGUAGUUGCUACUGCAACUGUAAGGGCGGUUAAAAAAAAGCUUCUGCCAACUAGAGCUGCUCUCAUUUUGACACCCGCUGCUGUUUCAAGGAUAAAGCAUCUCUUGGCGGGCAAAAAUGAAUAUAUAGGCCUCAAGGUAGGAGUUCGUCAGCGAGGUUGUAAUGGACUAUCUUACACGCUUGAUUAUGCCACAGUAAAAGACAAAAUGGACGAAGAAGUUGUACAAGAUGGCGUGAAAGUGCUGAUAGACAAAAAAGCUCAGUUAUCAUUGUUAGGUACUGAAAUGGAUUAUGUGGAAACUAAAUUGUCGGCAGAAUUUGUGUUUAAUAAUCCCAACAUUAAAGGAACAUGUGGAUGUGGAGAAUCUUUUAGUAUUUAAGUUUUUUGUAUAGUAAUUUGAACUGAGUAGUAAAAUAAAUUUACUUCGGAGAACUUAGCUUGUCGAUCUUA